GGGCGAGUCCGAGUUGCUGUAAGAUUGCGACCUCGGAAUACUGAAGAGUUGGUAGCAGAUGCAGAUUUUGCUGAUUGUGUGGAUUUGCAGCCAGAGCUUAAAAGGUUGAAACUUCGUAAAAACAAUUGGGAUUCAGAUACUUAUGAGUUUGAUGAAGUCCUGACUGAAUUUGCGUCACAAAAGCGUGUCUAUGAAGUUGUUGCCAAACCUGUUGUUGAGAGCGUUUUAGAGGGUUACAAUGGGACAGUGAUGGCUUAUGGUCAAACCGGAACUGGGAAGACGUAUACUGUUGGCCGAUUGGGUGAUGAAGAUACCUCUGCUCGGGGUAUAAUGGUUCGUGCGAUGGAGGAUAUACUUGCAAACAUCUCACCUGAGACUGAUUCUAUUUCAGUUUCAUUCCUGCAGCUUUAUAUGGAAUCCAUCCAGGAUCUACUGAACCCAGCAAAUGAUAAUAUAUCAAUUGUUGAGGACCAGAAAACUGGUGAUGUUUCUUUGCCAGGGGCUACUGUCUGCGAGAUCAGAGACCAGCAAAGUUUCAUUCAACUCUUACGCUUAGGGGAAGCGCAUAGGAUUGCUGCCAACACCAAACUGAACACUGAAUCUUCUCGGAGUCACGCCCUUCUGAUGGUACAUGUCAAGAAGUCUGUAGUGGACAGGGACGAAUUUUGUCUUGAAGCACAGAAUCGCUCAAUUGGUACUUUGAGGCCUCCUAUACUACGUAAAGGCAAACUGAUCGUGGUAGAUCUUGCUGGUUCCGAACGCAUUCACAAAUCAGGAAGCGAGGGUCAUAUGCUAGAAGAAGCCAAGUCUAUAAAUCUUUCACUUAGUUCCUUAGGGAAAUGUAUAAAUGCUUUGGCAGAAAAUAGUCCUCAUGUCCCAGUUCGAGAUUCAAAGCUUACAAGGCUACUAAAAGAUUCAUUUGGAGCAAAGACCUUUCUUUUUUUUUCUCUACGAAAAGCAGCUGAAGAUGAAAUUCACAACUUAAAGACUCAGCUAUUUAGAUUUUCAAAGAUGGAGUUGGCAGGUGGAAACUCUGAUGGCCUACAGCAAGUGCUGGAAGAGGAGAGUUAUCAGAAAAAGAAACUUGAAGAAGAAGUGAGAGUUUUAAGGAGUCAACUGGCACAAAUAUCUAUUGAAGCUAAUCAAGCGAGAGGCUAUCCAGAUGGAUCCAACUCUGGUAACCCCCUACCUGGUCAAGAUUCCUUAGGACCGCUUAAUCAUAUGCGGUCUAGAGAUGGUAAUAAUGGAGAACGGGCAUCUAUAACAAACCUUCAUGAACAAGUUGGAUUGCAAAAGAUAUUAUCAUUACUUGAGUCAGAUGAUGCUAAUGUACGGAUUCAUGCGGUAAAAGUGGUAGCCAACUUAGCUGCAGAAGAAGGAAAUCAGGAAAAGAUAGUUGAAGCUGGUGGUCUCACUUCAUUGUUAAUGCUCCUUAGAACAUACGAGGACGAAACAAUUCGUAGAAUAGCAGCUGGUGCAAUCGCCAAUCUUGCUAUGAAUGAGGCUAAUCAAGAGCUCAUAAUGGCCCAAGGUGGAAUAUGUCUUUUAGCUAUGACAGCUACUGAUGCAGAAGAUCCUCAGACUCUAAGAAUGGUUGCUGGGGCAAUUGCUAAUCUAUGUGGCAAUGAUAAACUGCAAAUGAGGUUGAGGUCAGAAGGUGGCAUCAAAGCUCUAUUAGGGAUGGUGAGAUGUAGACAUCCAGAUGUUCUUUCUCAAGUUGCCCGUGGCAUUGCAAAUUUUGCCAAGUGUGAAUCUAGGGCUUCUAGUCAAGGGUCAAGGCAUGGCCGAUCCCUCCUGAUAGACGAUGGUGCCUUGCCAUGGAUAGUACAAAAUGCCAACAGUGAAGCUUCACUAAUCAGACGUCAUGUUGAGCUCGCACUCUGCCACCUUGCACAGCAUGAGAUCAAUGCAAAAGACAUGAUCAGCGGAGGAGCCCUCUGGGAGCUGGUUCGUAUUUCGCGGGACUGUUCUAGGGAGGAUAUAAGGGCCCUUGCUCGCCGAACUCUGACCUCAAGUUCCACAUUUCAAUCCGAACUGCGACGCCUAAGGAUCGAGGUUUAGUUACUAACUGCACUAAUCUAUUCUCAUAUAUACAUUUAUAUGUGUGUGUUUUGCCCAUCUGCUAACAAGUGAGAAGCUCUAUAAGAUGUUAGAGCUUCUGCUACAAAAGAUCUACGCUUUUAUUACGUAAUGGCGUUAUUUUUUCAUUUAAGUUGGUUCUUUGUCCCAUUUUUUGGUGCUGGCAUUCCCUAAGCUUCACCUAAAAUUUUGUACUCGUGAAUUAUUGUGUACUAGUUGUAUAUAUGAAGAAUACUUUGUUGAA